UAUUGCAAAAUAAAUUUUAAAUCAAUGUCUACAAAUAGUAUUGCUUAUAAAAGAUUACAAAUUGAUUUACAAAGAUUACAGAAGGAUCAUGUUCCUGGAAUUUAUGCAUUUCCAACAAGUGAUUUUCAUGUGUGGCGUGCAGUAAUCAUUGGUCCGGAGGAUACUCCAUACGAGGAUGGUACAUUUAAAUUACGUAUGGAAUUUAGUGAUCAAUAUCCAAUUAAAGCACCUAAAGUUUAUUUUACAACGCCUAUUUUUCAUCCAAAUAUCCAUGAGAAUGGUACAAUAUGUUUAGAUAUUUUAAGCAAUCGAUGGAGUUCAACAUAUGAUGUACUUGGAAUAUUAACUUCAAUUUUGUCUUUGCUAAAUGACCCAAAUCCCGAUUCCCCAAUGAAUGCAAAAGCUGCUAAAAUGUAUUUAGAAUCAAAAAGUGCAUAUUGGCGUGAAGUACAGAAAUAUGUUGAACGUAGUUUAAUGGUUUAAGAAACGUUGUAAAGCGGUUAUGUAAGAAUCAAUGUCAGUCA